CUUGACCAAGAUACAUUUGAGGAUAAGGGAGCAAAUAGAUACAAAACCUUUCCGAAAACAAACAAAAAAUUUUACUGUUGGUUUGCAGCUCCUUGGAAAACUUCUGACUACGUGUCUGAUUGUGAAUACUGCGUAAUAUAGAUUAACUUGUUCUUUUUUUAUUAGAUAAUUUCCACUAAAGCGACUCCAAAAAAAUAUUACUUAAUGUUUUUUUCUGUGAUGCUUAGAAAUAAACCUUCUUUUAUUAUAAGAUCAUUGAAUUAGAAAAUAACUUCUCAUUUACAUAAUGUUUCUUAUUCACAUUUAUGAAGUAUAUUUACAGAAGCAUCAGGUCUAUUUUGCUUCUUAAAUCAAUGAAAAAAAAAAUGACGUGUUUCUUUUAGGUGCAUACAAACCUUGUCCAUUACAUAGACAUAAGUAUCAACAGUAGUCUAACUGAAAGAUGCGUCUUCUAUUCAUUUUUUCUUUUUUUGUUCUUUCUCUUCAUUCAUUAAGUGGUACUGUUAAUCGAUUUCGUCGUCAAGCAAACGGUUGUGGUCCAGUAACCUUGAAUAUUGAUACAUUUCUUCAAAAUAUUGGUGAAAAUGUUUUAAUUGUAUGUUGUAAUGAACAUGAUCUAUGUUAUGAUAAAUGUGGUAAAACACAAUUUACAUGUGAUACUACAUUUCUACAUUGUAUGAUUGAAGCAUGUCAACAGUUAUUGUCAUCAUCGAAAAUUAACCGUUGUCAAAAUGAUGCUCGUAUUCUUUUUUGGCUUGCAAUUUUCGGUGGUCAAGCUGCAUAUCAACAAGCACAACAACAACAUAAUUGUACCAUAUUCAAACAAAUAACAAACAAUACAUAA